AUGACUCAAAAUCAACAAAGAGCUGAUUUCGUUUUAUUUUAUUGGGUAUUAUUAAAAAACUGCCAACCGAAACAGAUGUUCUCUCGAGCUGAUUAUCAAGUCUAUGUGACGGGAGGUUUCGCUGCUAUUGGUGGUUUUCUUUUUGGCUAUGAUUUAGGCGUAAUCUCUGGUGUAAUCGUAAUGUCAAAUUUUCUUGUUGCUUUUGGAGACGAAGCAAGUCUGGCUCGAGGUUCAUUGACAAGUGCUGUUGCGGGAUCAAUUGUAGGUGUAAUGUCAAUUGGCUGCUUCAUUGGUGCGCUCAUGGCCGGCCAAGCAAGUGAUAAACUCUCACGAAAAUAUUCAAUUGUUCUCUUUUCGGCUAUUUUCAUAGCGAGCGGUGCAUUACAAGCAGGUUCUAUCAAUUUAACCAUGUUACUUGUGUCUCGUUUAAUUGCUGGUGUCAGUGUUGGUGCAUUAUCGAUGAUCGUACCUGUUUAUCAAUCAGAAAUUUCUACAAAAGAAAUUCGAGGACGACUCGUUUCACUUCAACAAUGGGCUAUUACCAUAGGAAUUGCAGUUAGCUUCUGGACUAAUUAUGGCACUGAUAUGCUUCUUUCAUCUAGUAGUGCAUCAUGGCGAAUUCCACUUGGACUCCAAAUGGUUCCAGCAUUGAUUUUGGCUAUUGGUAUUCCAUUUUUUCCAUUUUCGCCUCGAUGGUUGAUGGCAAAUGGUCGUGAAAAGGAAGCGAUGGCUGUUCUCAAUAAAAUACGUUCAUCCUCUCAACAAGACAUACUCAUCGAAUACAAUGAAAUCAAACAGGAGAUCGCUUUAGAGCGCGAGCAAUCGAUUCGUUCUUAUUCUCAACUCUUUCGUUUUCCACUUCGCCGCCGUCUAAUUCUCGGCGUUACUAUUCAAAUCUUGCAACAAUUUACUGGAAUGAAUUCAAUUAUGUACUAUGCACCUUCAAUAUUUAAACAAGCUGGUUUAUCUGAUCAGCGUGCUUCUUUACUAGCAACUGGAAUCAAUGGAUGCGUUAAUGUUCUAGCUACUAUUCCUGCUAUUCUAUUUAUUGAUAAAUGGGGUCGCCGACCUAUACUCAUUUUGGGUGCUAUACUCAUGAGUUUAUCAAUGUUUACUAUGGGCAUUACUAUGGGCGUGCACGGACAUACAUUGUUCAAUUCAACAACAGGCACUGUCGAAUCAUAUUACACUAAUAUUCUAUCAUUAAAUUGUCAAUUGAAUCCUAAUAUAUCAAAUAAUCUUAAUCAAAAAUCAUUAACUAAUCAACAAAUCGAACAUAUUGAAAAUGUUCUUAAACGUAAUCAACACAUUCAAUAUAUCGAACAAGAACGUAUUUGUAAAUUAAUUGAUCGUCUUGAUAAAAUGAAAAAAAAUGCAACUGGUAAUGGUUUAUCUCAAUGUUUGUUAUGUUCUAAUAAAAGAGGAAUAUUAUCUCGAUCAUUUUUUUCAUGUGCUAAUUGUCAAAAAUUAGUAUGUGAUAAUUGUUCAAUUCAAACACAUUUUAAUCAAAAGAUUGUGUCAUUAUGUGAUGCUCAAUCGAUAUCUGAUCAAUCAAGUUCAGAUGAUGAUGAUUCGAUUACGGAUCGAUUUAAUAAAAAAUUGAUACCAAAUGAUAGACGUUUAAAUCAAUUUAAACAAUUGAAUGAUAAUCAAGAUGAAAUAAAUAAAUGUGAUGAUGAUGAUGAUAAAAGAAUUUAUUCAUUUAAAAAUAAUAAACUAACUUCAAAAGAUUCAAUUGAUGAAUAUUUAUCAAAAUGUGAAUUAGGUAAAUCAUCAAUAUCAUCAAAAGAUUCUCAUAUAAGAUUAUCAUCAAUAAAUGAAGAUUGUGGACUUGGAAGAUUAGACUUUGAAAUUGUUUGGAAACAAUAUGAAUAUAAAUUAAUAAUAAGAUUAUUACGAUUAGAAAAUCUUCGAUUAAAUAAUCAAAAACAAUAUUCUCAUAUUUAUCUUAAAUUAGAUCUUCUACCAGCUAUUCACAAAUCAACUGAAUUAGAAAGUGGUAUGAUUGGUAAAAUAAUAAAUGGUGAUAUCGAUGAAACACUUGUUUAUGAUGGUGUGUCAUUAGAUGAUAUCAAUUAUAAAUCAGUUAAAUUUUCGGUCUAUGAUAAAGAUUCAUCUGUUAAUCACUUUCUUGGAGAAUAUCGUUUUAAAUUAUCAACAAUUCAAUCUGAUCAAUAUCAGAUUUAUUCGGUUUAUUUACAAAAUAAAACUAAUUGUGAAAAUGAUGAAGAUAUAAAUGAACGUGGAAAAAUUUUAAUUAGUCUUAUGUAUUCAAAUGAAACAUCAAAUUUUCAUGUUAAAAUAAAACGUGCUUGUUAUUUAUUACCGAUCGAUAUUGAUCGUAAAUCAAAUCUUUAUUGUCAAUUAUGUUUAUUUUCAUUUGAUCAUUUAUCGAACAAAUUAAAUUUUAAAACAGAUAUUAAAAAACAAACUUUGAAUCCACAAUUUAAUCAAGAAUUUAUUUAUAAAAAUAUUCAAUUAAAAAAAUUAAUUAAAAAAAAUUACAAAUAA